UGAAUUACAAGCUGUCUCCGCAUAAACUUCACCAUUUCUCUCUCAAAGUGGACUCUCAGUUCAAGCAAAAACCCAUUAAUUGAUUAAGAAAGAAGUGAUCUUUUUAUCAAGGGUGGGUUGGAAAUGGCGAACCUGGUGGAUGCGGCGGGAGAACCGAUCCCCACAUCGUCGGUGCUGAUGUCAGCAGCCAAGCACAUAGAAAUUAAAUGUAUGCCCGAAAACGUGGAGUUCCUCAAGUGUAAGAAGAAAGAUCCAAACCCUGAGAAAUGUCUUGAUAAGGGCCGUCAAGCUACUCGCUGUGCCCUUGGCGUGCUAAAAGAUCUUUAUCACAGAUGCAAAGACCCCAUGGAAGGUUAUGUCGGAUGCAUGUAUUAUCAUACAAAUGAGUUUGAUUUAUGUCGCAAAGAGCAGCAAGCAUUUGAGAAAGCAUGCCCUUUGGAGUGAUCGGCAAUCGACAUUCCUAGUUUCCAUACUUUGAAAUAAGUUAGGCAAGUUUGCAAUGAGCAAAAACUGUUGUUGCGUACACUUAUAAUCCCGCAUGCUAUGGGAUAAGCUUUGUCUCUCUUUUGUACGGUUAAAGAUCGUUCUUGGGAAAUUUUCUUUUUCAACUGAAAAUGACUCCCCCUGCCAUUUUUAAGCAUAAUACAUGAUGAGUGAUUGAUUCAUGAUCUUCUCCCUUCAUUCCUUCU